AUGGGCUGUUCAAUGGGUUCCAUGGGCGAAGGCAUUCAGCCGACGGCCCCCAAGGCCGCAGGCAAAGCUGGCAAGGCCGGGCUCGACAGCUCCGGGAGACUGGCAGCCAUCAUCGCGGAGCACUGCGUGCGGCGCCCGGCGAUCCCAGGUGACAUCCUCGUGUCCGGCGACCUUCCUGAGAAGGUGGUGGGCGAAUUGGCGGGUCAGUGUAGGGGCUGGCUGUAUCUCAAUCCAGACACCGACCCAGCCUUUUGCAGACAGGCCAUUGAGAAUGGAGGAUGCGACUUGCAUGUGCUGCCAUUCAAGCCGGGAAAGGAUGUGACCAGCCUCCAGAUCAUGCAAGUGAUCGAAGAAGUUCGGGCGAUGCCGCGGCCCCUGAUGAUUCAAUGCAGCAGUGCAAACAGGGCAUUGAUUGUCAUGUUGCUGUGGCUCGCAGAGGAGCGUGGCUACAGCGGUGCAUCGGUCGAAGUCCUGGUCAAGGAUUUGCAGCUUGACACGCUCAAGCCAGAAGCUUUGUCAUGGUUGAAGAUGCACUUAGCCUGCUUGGGGAAGGAUGGGCCGUUGACUUCUCAAGCUCCAGAGGUCAGGCAGCUCUACGAGCCCGAAAGUAGCACGCUAACGUAUUUGGUCCACUGCCCUGACACCAAAGAAGCUGUGCUGAUUGAUCCAGUGUUGGAGACAAAGGCGCGCGACCUGAGCCUCAUUCAACAGCUGGGGCUGCGGCUGAAGUAUGUAGUGAAUACGCAUUGCCAUGCUGAUCACAUUACAUCCGGCAGCGCCAUUCGACAAGCUCUGCCUGAGGUCCGCACCGUGAUUUCACAGAGCUCUGGUGCUAAAGCGGAUGUCCACAUCAGGGAUGGUGAUGCUGUGAAGUUCGGCAAUCUCAGCUUGGAGGUGCGAGCAACUCCGGGGCACACCGACGGCUGUGUUUGCUUCAUCCUCCGCGUCAAGACCGCAAUUUUCGCAUUCACGGGCGAUGCUUUGCUUAUCCGCGGCUGUGGCAGAACCGACUUCCAGCAGGGCAGCGCCAGGCGCCUGCAUGAGAACGUGCACAAGCACCUCUUCUCGCUGCCUGGUGACACCAUCGUUUGCCCCGGCCAUGACUACAAGGGGCGAAGCGUCUCCACCAUCGAGGAGGAAAGGCGAUUCAACCCACGGCUGAUCAAGCCUGUCGAAGAGUUCGAGAAGAUCAUGUCAGAGCUCGGGCUGCCAUAUCCGGCCAAAAUCGAUGCCGCCCUGCCAGCAAAUCUGGCCUGCGGUGUUCAGGAUGAUCCCUAUGAUUCCCAGUCCACCGCGACGGGCUCGAGCCACUAA